UUAAUCGAAAUGUGAUGAAAAUUUGUUUCAUGGUUAAAAUUUUCUCAGCAAGUUUAAAUGACUGAUCAAUAGUUAUAACACUACAUUAUUAACCAGUCAAGUGUCGAACUUUUUUCACAAGAUGGGAGGAGCAGUAAGUGCCGGGGAGGACAAUGAUAACCUUGUUGAAAAUCUUGUCACUGCAAAAUACAUCAGAACAUCGAGGUUGGUUGAAAUAUUUCGAGCAGUCGACAGAGGACAUUAUUAUUUGAAAGGACAAAGGAAUUCAGCAUAUCAUGACAUAGCAUGGAAGUUUAACCAUCUGCAUCUGUCAGCACCCUGUAUAUAUUCCGAAGUCAUGGAGCACUUAGAUCUACAACCAGGGAUGUCAUUUCUCAACCUUGGAAGCGGGACUGGAUACUUGAGUACAAUGGCUGGAUUAUUAUUAGGUGCCAACGGUAUCAAUCAUGGCAUAGAAUACCAUGAAGAUGUUGUUGAAUACAGCAGAGAAAGACUGAAAGACUUCAUGCUGAAAUCACCUGCUUUUGACAGGUUUGACUUCUGUGAACCGAAAUUCUCUGUCGGAAAUUGCUUGCUUUUGCCUCCAGACACUCCUGGAUAUGACAGAGUAUACUGCGGUGCUGCUUGUCCACCAGAAUAUGCAAAUUACUUGAUGAAUUUAUUAAAUAUUGGAGGAAAACUUGUCUUGCCAUUAGAAGACCAGCUGCAAGUCAAAACAAGAAUAAACGAGCAGGAAUGGGAUUCAAAAUGUGCUUUGGCCGUUUCGUUUGCUCAUCUCAUCGAACCAAACAAUUCUAAUAUUAAUUUGAAAAUUACUGAACCACCAGAUCGAAAUGUUCUUUCACUCCAAGAACUUUGCAGAUUUUGCAUUCGCCAAGUUAUACGGAAUAAGUAUAAAGUUCCAAUGCCACCCAAAAAGAAACGGGAAAAAAGAGAAAGACAUCAUUCCAUUGGAAUUGAAGAACAUAUUGUUGCUAGGCGACACCAAGCACGUCGAGUUAGACGAAGACGUUUGAAUACAACAGGAGAGAGUGGCACUAGGCGGCGCCGGAGAGUGAAUACAUCAGGAGAUAGCGAUCAUGCUGACUCAUCGUCGGAAGAAAAUGAUGACUCAUCAGAUGAUGAAAUAGAUGACGAUGUUUGUCAACACAUGGAAGAAUCUGGCGACCCUGAUAUAUUGGACAAAAUAUGUAGACCGGAAUCAACAACAGAACUAGCAGAUGACACAAAUGAUAUCACAUUGAGUGACCCGGAAAAUGAUAAAGGUUCAUCAAAAUCAAACGAUACACAAGACAAGAAGCAAGAGAACAAAAAUAAAGAUGGAGAAGGAAGCUCUAAAGGCUCUUCAGCUCGUCAAAUGAAACGGUAUCGAUUCAGAUUGCUACGUUCAAGGUCUAAUAACAACACAAAUGAUGGGAAAAGUCGAGGGGAUGCCCCAAGUGGGAGUAAAACGGAGACAACUGAAGAGAACGCAGAGACACAACGAGAUACAGAAGAAGCAGCUGAUCAAGAUCAGUCAUCAGAACGACGUGUUGUUCGACCUUUACGUCCAAGCAGGUUCGCUUACGCUUUGAUGAGAGGAUUACGGCGAAUCAGAGAACAAAAUUCUGAUGAACGGGCAGAAAGUACGGCUAGAACUUUGAAUGAAAUGCUGAACGAUCCUGAUUCCCCAGUUCAUCGUCGGCGAGUUGACAAUGACCAAGACGAUGAGUUGAAAUCAGAUUCGGACACAGAUUCUGAUGAGUUUUACAAACCCCUCGCGGAAACACCUUUUACAAUAGCGAUACGAAAACUCCCUCUCCCUACGAAACUAAUAAGUUUUCUGCUGUACCAUCGACAAUGAGCAUAGGGUGGUGUUAUAAGAAGGACAAUGUAGAUGUAACAGAUCAAAAAUGCAUGAUGGCCAGGAACAGUGGCUGGCAAGCUUUUGAUAUCUGCGGACCCUUUCAAAGGGCUCUCGACACUUAUGGCCCCCUCAUCUCUUAUGAAAAAAAGUUUGGCUUUCAAGACGUUUUCGUAGGGUAUUUAGUUUGCUACAUUUAAUAUGCGAAAGCCAGCAAAUGAAAGAAAAAAUAACAAAAACUACAAACCAAGAAGUUUCCUGCUAUACCAGAGUAAAGAUUCUAUGAGUCAGAAAGCUCCAAUGUCAAAGGUCACCAUCUUUUUCAGACGUACACAUCCCAUGCCUUUCCAGUGCCAAGGUCAUUUAACUGUGGACUGACUGAUAACUAUUUCAUUGCUUGUCUGAAAAUUUUCAUAUACAAAGUUUUUUUUCAUUUUUCUCCUUUGUAUACUGGGUUUGUUCUUUGCAUCUUAAAUUAAAUAUCUAGUGUGCAUUCUGAACCUGCAAAUCCAUACUCGAAUCAUGUUAUUUUUCCCUAUUUUUGAGAACAGGCGAUUACUUAUAUGUACAUGAUAUACUCUCACCCACAUCCGUAAUUUUGUUUCUGUGCUUUGCUUGUUAAACUCAAUCACUAAAGCAGGGGUUCCCAAACCAGGGGUCGCGACCCCAAAUUGGGUCGGAGUGAUAAGUAGGUAGGGUUGAGGUAAGGUAGAGGAUGGAUGUACAAAUCAUCUAAGAUUUGACAAAUCAUGUUAAAUUUAGCGGUUUGUACCAUGGCUUACUGUAAAACAGGCGCUCUAUGCUUAUGCUAUAGAAAAUGUAGGUGCUUAUUGUGACAUCACUGUUUGGUUUUAGCUUAUUUUAGUUAAUAUCACCACAUGACCAACUCAAAAGUCCAGUGAAGGAAGCUCUUGAAGUUCCAUGAAAAAUAUAUAUAUUGACUUGGGGUCGCACUGGACACUUGAAAGUUGUCUUUGGGGUCGUUCUGAAAAAAGCUUGGGAACCCCUGCACUAGAGUAUGCAAUCUGAACUGACAAAUACUUUCCAAAUCGAGUUAUUUUUUUCCGAGUAUUGAGAUCUUGGACAUGAUUUGUAUUGCAGUAUAGCCUGCCAAAUUUAUGACAACCUGGGUGAAUUGGUUAUUAUUUCAUAACUUGUCUGAAAAUUAUAUACAAACUGUCAGCUUUUAGUAGUUUUUUGGCGUUCCAGAAGUAUGUGUACCAAUAUGAAGGUAACUAAUUUUGUUCGCCUAUUUUACAACAAGUUGUGUAAAGGGACUGAAACCUAUGGGCAGGGGAAAUAUUUCAUCGGCUAACAUAGACAGUCCUCGAACUCAUUAUAAAACUAAAAUAAGGAAAACCUGAAAAUAAUUAUGCCCUAACCUGGUACACAUACUACGGGAGUACCCUUUUUUAUUGCCCUUUUUGUAUAGGCAAUCACGUAGAUAUACAGGGCCUUAAGGCAUUUUUUUUCUAUCAACCCAAUGAAUUUCUUAUACCCUCAUGUAUCUGUAAGACUUGGUCUGUGCUUUACAUUUUAAAAUAGCAGUGUGCAGUGCUUCUCAGUUUGUGUCCCACUUUUAUUGCCAUUUUUUCUAACAAACAUGUUAAUAUUUGCGAGAAGAAACAAUGUCUCCCCAUGCAAUUUACUAUUGAUGCGAUAUUGCAUAUAUUCAGAUCGAUUUGCCCUAUUACUAUUUUUUCCCCAUUUUCGAAAGGAAUCUAAUUGGGGAGUUUAGCUUACCCAAUUUAUGCCACCCAGGUUAACGUGUAUUAAAACGUCUCGAUCCUCAAUACUCUAUCUGGCUUUGUCAUCUUUGAGCUGUUACCCCUGAUCAUGUUAUUAUGUGCUCGUAAUGAUACAUAGAUUUCCAGUCAACUGUGGUGUGGCCGUGGAAGAGUUGGUAGAGCAUUGUUCCCAAACUAGUGUCUGCGGACCUUUUGGGGUCCGUGAGGCAAAUCUGUAAUAUGGCUAUUAGCUUGAUAAUACAAAAAUUAAGUGCUUAAAUUUGCAAAUACACUUUUGUCGCUUUUUGCUGCUUCGCAAUCAUGCUGGAGACACUGAUUCUUCACUUUCUGUUUCGAUCAUGCUGCCCCAUUGUGAUGUCACAGAGCUGUUGGCUUGUGAUAUCACAGAGAGAGUUCAAUUCCUGCAUCCACAAGUUUACUCACUGCAGAACUGUAGCUGACGCUGCCCUUUUACCAAAUAUCGAAACAGACUGGAUGUCGCACAUGUCAUUAAGUUGCGCUUUGAAUUCUUUUGUUCGUUUCACUAUACGGCGCAUUGAUUUUUUGUUGUGAUUUUUUAACGUUUGUUUCAGUGCAUAAGGCCGGGAAUCAUUAAAAAAAUUGCAAGGGGAGCGUCAUAGAAUCUUUUUCAAAAAGUUUUAGAACCACUGGGGUAGAGGGACAUCCAAUUAUGAUGUUACAAUCUUCACAACCUAUAAAUUUGUAAAGUGGGGUAUGCACUCGCAUGACAAAUAUUAAUUGCUUGAACCUGAUUCGGGGGGCAGCUUACACAAUCAUAAUUGGGGGGGUUUAGCUUACCCAAUUCAGUGUUGAAAGUUCAUUCAAAUGAUAUUUGCAACCAUAUAUCCAUAUCUCUACGAAGGAGGCGAUUCAAAAUAGAAAUGGGAUUAUAUUGCUUAUGAAAAUGAGCCUGCUCAAUAGGUUCCACAUAUUUGCCAACAAUUUACUCUUGUAGGUUAUUGUUUAGUGCAUUUUUCUUAUAGAGCUUUUGGUUUUGAUCACACUUUUCGACAAGAUUCAAAAAUCGUGCCAUGCUAUUUCAUUUAUUACUUUUCAUCAGUAUUUACUGUGGCUCCACAAUUUUUAUUCAAUUUCACUCUUAAGAGAACUUACUAGCCUUCAACCUUAAAGUGCAAAUUUCACGGAUUGAGGUGUGUUAGGCGAGAAAGUUGGUCCCCAAUGGCCAAUCUACGUUAUCAACUUUGUUCCAGCCUGCUCAGUUCUCUUUGCAGAUAAACCACGCUGCUUUCAAUAAUGUACUACUAUUGUAAAUAUCACUGUUCUUUCAAAGACUAUUUUGUCUGUAGAUACUUCUAUAUUAAAAUGUGGAGUGCGA